CUUGCGGGCUUGCGAUCUUCGUCGUUUAACACGUGUGAAAUAAUUGUUGUUUGAUUAAAGAAAAUGGCAAAAUUGAAGGUUAAAAAUGCUAAAGCCAAGAAAACGAAACCUGAAGAGGUCAAGAAAGUAGAUGACAACGUGGUGGUUUUACCUCCAGUUCGUAUGUCAGAUGACCCGGCACCGAGACAGGUAAAAUGGAUCAACAGACAAAGAGUAUUAGUAUUUGCUGCACGAGGCAUCAACCAUCGCCACCGUCACCUUAUGGAAGAUAUCAAGAAGCUGAUGCCCCACCACAAAACCGAGUCCAAAAUGGAACGGAGCAAAAAUCUUUAUGUAGUAAAUGAGAUCAGUGAGAUGAAAAAUUGCAAUAAAUGCAUUCUGUUUGAAGGGCGAAAAAUGAGAGAUUUAUACUUGUGGAUGGCCAACAUUCCUAAUGGACCUAGUGUCAAGUUUUUAAUUGAAAAUAUUUACACAAUGGCAGAGCUCAAAAUGACAGGAAAUUGCUUGAGGGGUACAAGACCCCUACUGUCAUUUGACCCACAGUUUGCAAAGGACCCACACUACUCACUUCUGAAGGAACUGCUGACUCAAAUAUUUGGAGUCCCGAACCACCACCCUAAAAGCCAACCAUUCUUUGAUCAUAUCUACACUUUCAUGAUCCUAGACAACAGAAUUUGGUUCAGAAACUACCAGAUUUUAUCUGAAGAUGGUGCUUUGGCUGAAAUCGGACCAAGAUUUGUGCUCAACCCAGUCAAAAUAUUCUCUGGUUCAUUUGGUGGAGGCACCUUGUGGGAGAAUCCAAAGUAUAUUAGUCCAGCAAAACUGAGACAAGCAAUGUCAAAGAAAGCUGCUAACAAAUAUGAGAAGAGGGUUGAGAAGAAAGUUGUGUAUGAGGCUACAAAGCCUGAGACUGCAUAUCCUGAUAUUGAAGGGCCAGACUUCUUCAAGGGUGAUCCAAUCGAGAAAGCACAGGAUGUCAUUAUCAAAGAAGAAAUUAAGGAAGAAGAAUCUAUAGAAGGAAGCGAAGAUGAAGCACCAAGUAAACCAGUAUUCAACAUGAAAAUAUCCAAAGGCCGUCCUGAUAAAACUAUCCGACGCAAGCAGCUGAAAGCUAAGAGUAAAGCCAUAUCUGAUCAGAUCAAAAAAAGGAAACAGUUUAAAAAGAAACCUGUAAAGAAAUAAUUCUAAGGAUGUUUUAAGCAUAAUAAAACUAUUAUCUCCACACACAAA